ACAGCUUGCAUUUAUCGAUAUCCGGCACGCAUAUGGAAUGGUCAGAACUUAUUUAUUAGAAUCUUGAACUCUACGUUAGUGGAACUUGUCUUGGAAGACAGAAGUUGAACAGCAGGUUGGAUCAAAAAGUUGAAAUUGUACUACGGUACUCGCACAGCCAGAGCAGGAAAACAAUACAGAGUAAAUCAUGUCGAGGUACGGCAGAGGCUAUUCACCGGAUCGGUACGAAAAUAAGGUGUAUGUAGGAAACUUGCCAUCAGACGCCAGUCGGACAGAUUUGGAAACAGCAUUCAUGAAAUUUGGGCAUGUCAAGAAUGUCUGGGUCGCUAGGAAUCCACCAGGCUUUGCUUUUAUAUUUUUUGAUGAUAAGCGUGAUGCUGAGGAUGCGGUAGAAGAACUUGAUGACACACAUCUCUGUGGAGUAAAGGUUCGAGUUGAGAUGUCUUCUGGUGAAAGUAGGAGGUCUCGUGGUCGUGGCUUUAGACCUGGUGGUUUUAGACCCCGUCGGAAUAUUGAAAAUGAACGAUGCUAUGAGUGUGGUCAGAGGGGUCACUUUGCAAGAGACUGCCGUGAUAAGAGAAAAAGAUCUCCAGGUGGUUACAGGAGUAGUAGACGCUCAAGAUCCUAUUCUAGGUCUCGAUCUCGAAGCCCUCGCCGUCGUCGUGUUUCCAGAAGCCCUCCCAGAUACAGGAGUCGCAGCCGCAGCCGUAGCCGUAACCGAAGCGGAAGCUAUAGCCAUAGCCAAACACGUAGCCAUGUCCGAAGCAGGAGUCGUUCAAGAUCGUAAGGAGUCUGGCGUGUAUUGAGGAUCAACGCUCGAGCAGAAUCUUGGUAUUGGGUUAUGUAAUAAAUCCUAAGUACAGGGAUUUGAUGGCCUAUCUGUAAAUAGGAUUUUAUUUUCCUUUUCUGGUCAAUGGUUGAGAUACAUUUAUUGUGACAAACAACAUUGCAACAUGCAGCUUUAUGCUAAUUUAAAAAAAAAGGGAAAACAAAUAUUCAAAACAUUUAAGAGUAGAUAUUGAGAAGGAAUAACAUUUUGAAAAAAAUCACAGAAACAUGAAAAUUUACUUUUUUAAAAGUUUGAUAUUAUUAAAUGUUCAGAUAAAUAGUUUGAGAAGUAAUGACACAUCUACUGGGGCAACAAUGAAUCCACAAGUGAUGACAUUAUAAAUUGGAGAAAGGAUGGUUGGAACUAAAAAUGUAUUCAUGUAGGUGAGAUGAAAUAUAUUGCAUUAAAAGAUAUACCAGUAGUAUAAGAAUGUUCAGAGAUACAUGUAGAAUUAUUGAGAAACUAUCUUGGUACAUGUAUGUAUGAAAAUCAUUUAGAAAUAUGUUUCAUAAAAGUUUGUUCCUGCUCUCUGAUACGCUAAAAUCAUUUUGAAUGCACUAAAUGUACAUAGAUAUUGAUAAUUCUCUAAAUAAUGCGUUGGAAGAAGACAAUUGGUAUUAAAGCUGAACAUUUUUUCUGAUAUGUGGCCAUUCAUAUUUGUUAUGAUAUAUAGUCAAAUUGUUAUCUGUUGAUUUAUAGUGAAUGAAAGACAAAUCUCUAAACAUACUACUCAUACAAAGAUUCAGUUUAUUCAAGGUUGACUCUACUUGCCAGGAUGAAUCACUUCCAUGAAGAUAAUGUUAUAAUACUAAUAAUUCACUAUUUAUGUGGCUCUAAGCAUCUUAACAUUACAAAACCUAACUACUUAACUUAAUUAACUAAACUCAAUUACUUAUAUACUUAACUACCUUAAAUAACUUAUAAACCAACAUAACUACCGACUUAACUACAGAUAAAUUAACUGUGAAAAUCAGAUUGAUUGCUAUUUAUGAAAGAGAUGCAUGUAUGUCUUAAAUGCAACUUUAAAGGAACUGAGAGAAGAAUGAGAUCUUAAGCUAAGUGGAAGUGAAUUCCAGAGUUAUUUAACGUUAUUUUAAUUAUAAUAUUUCUCUCACUUAAGAUUUAUUGCAAAUAUUCUCAUACCAGAGGAUAAAUCAAAAGAGAGAUCCAUUUCUUUUAUUUUGAACGUGCAGGUAUUUUCGACUUGAAAAUAUAAAGGUGACAGACUUUUAAUGGUGUUGCCAUUUAUUAAUCUUGUCUUACAUGAUGGGGAGCCGCCAUGUAGCACUAAAGAAUACUGACGUUUCAUGCAAAUUACUGAUUUCCAAAGUUUCAUUUUUUUGUGUUGUCCUAUGGUAAUAAUGGUAUAUCUUAGAAAAUACUGAUUUCCUCACCAAAAUACUAUUUUUUAGCUUUUGAAAUACUUGAAAGUUCUUGUUCAGUUUAGCAACUCUCAUCUGAAAAUUCUAGAAAUGUUGUUUCAGAGUCUAGGAAGAAUGGAAUAUUACUCAAACUACUGCUUUUAGUAGUAUUUCAAAUGGCAUUUAAACAUUUGACUCUUCCCUGUUGAAAUUAGCUAAACUGAUACACCAAACAAUAUGUCAAAUUAAUGAAUUGUUAUAUUUUAUAUUAAAAAGAAUACAUAUACAUUUUAAUGUAUUUCACUGACGUGUCAAUAGUUGCAACAAGUUAUCUAUACAUCUAUUUUGAAUGUGCACAAACGAUAUCAACUGCAUCAUGAUUCAGCAAAACAAUAUUUAUGGAUUUAAUGUAGUUUAUAUGGAUUUGGUUUAUUGGGAUCUGCCUUUUUGUACCUUACUGUAAAAAAGUGUUUCUUCUCUUUGUUGUAGAAAAUAGAUUCUCUUAGGGUUUCAUUGAUGAAAAUUAAGUAAAAAUGAAGGUGUUUCACAGAGAGUUCUUAACUCUCACUAAUAUAUUCAAUACUAGAUUUUAUGGAUGUGUGUGCCCUAAAACAGUUAGGAUAUGGAGGAUAUAUGUGUUUGAUUGGAUAGUUUUUGUGAUUUUAUAUGAAAAUCUAUCUUGAACAGGUGCCCAAUCAAAGUAAAAUCUUUAAAAACAUUUCCCCCUUUUUUAAUAUAUAGAAUGGAAUGGGCUUAAACAUUUGGAUUGAGAUCCUUCUCUGUUGCUUUCUGAUUUUCAGUCACAAUAAAAUUUGUAUGAUAAGUAUUUGAAGUAACCUUUUUAAAAGAAAACAAAAGGAAAUGUUAUCAAGAGAGGGUACUCGAUAUUGAAAACAAAUAAAAUUAGAAUUUCAUCAUAAAAUGAACAGAUAUAAAAAGGAUUCCAAGGUCAAUACAUGUAUGUAUUAAUGGAAUGCUAGGUGAUAUUCAAGUUCAAUAAUUCAUUGACCCUUUUACCAAAAUGUUUUAUAGAUGGGUUCUAAGUGUGACUCAAAAGUCGUACUUGAAAUCCUGGCUGUGUUUGGUAUAUAGUGCACUGUCACAUCGGUCAAAUGAUUUGUAUAAAGGACUUUCGCUAACUGCAUACUCACCACUGAUAUUGUAUUGUUAUUUAAAAAAAAAAAAAAAAAAAAAAAAAAAAAAAAAAAAAAAAAAAAAAAAAAAAAAAAGAUAUUGUAUUGUUAUUUUGGCCCUUGAAUGUGACUUUCAGUCUUACUGCAAUACGUGUAUUUGUGAAACUGCUCCCAGCUUUGGUCUCAGUAAGAGAGAUGUUCACUUUAUUCAUUGUUGAUGUGUAUGUCAUCUAUUAUCAGUUUUGCUUUGGUAAGGAAUGUAAAUCACUACUGGAUUGGAUUCUCUUAUUUUCACUAAUGUUCAUAGUUGCUCUGUUGAACCUAAACUUAUGUAGUUGCACCAACAAUUAUUUUAUGAGAAAAAUAUACUUCAAAAUCAAGGUUAAUUGACACUAUGUCACUGUUGUUUAAGCUCAUUUACAGAAAACUAUUAAACUUUGUGAAAUCGCUCAAUCUAAGCUGAAAAAAAAAACAGCCACAUUGCAGAUUGUCAACAUAGACAAGCAUAUGUGGGAUAGUUUGUUUUCUUAGAAAGACCAGACAUAGAAUACCAUUUUUCUCAUUUCUCAACAGUUACAUUUUCUGCCAGAAUCAUUCUGCAAAUAUGUAUUUUAAAAAAAUCUUUACAAAUGCUAGGUGGUCAUUUUAUUGGAUUAAGUUAGAGAUUGUUGCCACAACUGACCAUUUUAAAAUUACUUUUCUCUUUAUUUGCAUUAUUUUAACAGGUAUCUCUUAAACCAUGUCAUUCCUUGGUUAUGGCAUCAUAAUUGUACAUAUUUGUGUUGAUGAUUCUAGUAUUAAAUGUUUUGUAUCCUAA